AGGUACUGCAUGUGCGUGUGGAGGCGAUUGGUGGAGCUACCCACCCCCUCGUUACCCGCAAACUGAAACAGACAUCCAGUUUCAACUUAAUCAUAAAAAGUCAUAUUGUAGGAGGAGGGACUCCGCGGACACACAAAAACAUUUUUACUUAUUUUGUUCAUAAUAGAGCGAUAUUAUUCGGUGAGCUGCGUUGCAGUUUCUUCACAGACUGGUAACGGAUCCGUUAAUGAAAAUAACGUCGACUAUAAACUUUUGGAAAGUUUUAUAUUAUUAUUAUGUUUUUUAAAUAAAAAAAAACAAGUCGCUCGCAAUUCUAACACCAAUCGAGACGAUGAGCCGGGGGAUUGAAUUGGAGUAAAGGAUUCUGUUUUCUUAUAAAAAUUAUACGGAAUAAAAAUAUAUAGUUUGAUGAAUGUAUGUUGGAAUAGACAGCGCGUGAGGAGUGAAAUAGUUCUUCAAACCAGACUGCAAUGGUUCAUAAAUACGACAUGCAGAGGGCAGUGGAUUUGCUGGGUCAGUACCAGUCCAGCCUGACCAGCCCAGAGGAGCAGACCUUGAAAGCAAACGUGGCCAAAGUGUCCAGCAUCUUUGGGAGCCAGCUGUUCCGUGCCUUGCUGGACAUCCAGGAAUGCUAUGAGGUCACACUGAGGCUGAACAGCCGUGCGGAGGACCAGGAGCCUGAAACUGGGGAGCGGACAGGAGAAUCGGGAGGGGGAGAUGAAAGAUGGGAGAGAAUGGCCCCAGUUUGCCAGGAGCCUGGAUUGGAGGGUGGUGAAGAGCCAGCUCGAGUUUGGGUGACCGCAAGGAGGAGCUCACAGAAAGUGGAGCGGGUGUGCGGCCUGGUGGCCCACUCUCGCGUGGAGAUUCCCAAGGCUAACCCUCCUCCCAUCAUUGUAAAUGCAGACUCCCUGGACCCAGGUCCUUAUGUAAAUGGUAGCGAUGGAAUGUACAAAUAUGAAGAGAUUAUUUUGGAAAGGGGUAACUCCGGUCUGGGAUUCAGUAUUGCUGGGGGAAUCGACAAUCCACACAUUCCAGAUGACCCAGGGAUUUUCAUCACUAAAAUAAUCCCGGGAGGGGCUGCAGCAAUGGACGGCAGGCUGGGGGUGAAUGACUGUGUGUUGCGAGUCAAUGAAGUCGAUGUGUCGGAGGUCGUGCACAGCCGGGCAGUGGAGGCGCUGAAGGAGGCGGGGCCAGUAGUGAGGCUGCUGGUGAGACGAAGACAAGCUCCACCCGAAACCAUCAUGGAGAUCAACCUGCUCAAGGGACCGAAAGGACUGGGAUUCAGCAUCGCGGGGGGGAUCGGGAAUCAACACAUCCCCGGAGACAACAGUAUCUACAUCACCAAGAUCAUCGAAGCAGGAGCUGCGCAGAAGGAUGGCAGGCUGCACACUGGGGACCGCCUGCUCGCUGUGAAUAACAUCAAUCUGCAGGACGUGCGUCACGAGGAGGCUGUGGCAGCCCUGAAGAACACCUCUGACAUGGUCUACCUGAAGGUGGCCAAACCGGGCCCUGUACACAUGAACGACAUGUACGCCCCCCCAGACUACACCAGCACAUUCCCCGCUAUGGUUGAUAACCACGUCAGCCACAACUCCAACAUGGGCUACCUGGGCGGAGUCGAGAGCAAGCCCACCUACCAGCCUCCUCAGGUCACGCCCUCCAGGUACUCCCCUGUCCCUCGUCACAUGAUCGGGGAGGACGACUUCACCAGGGCUGAACCCAUUUACAGUGUCGUCCACAAACAAGCGGAGUCCAGCCCUCCCUCCCCCCAGCUCUACAGCAGGGUGUCCCGGGAAGUGGGUCCUAGCCCUGCCCCCACUGUCCUGCGCCCUGGCCUGGCCCCCUCUUCCAGCAGGGAGCCGCGGAAGAUCCUGCUUCACAAGGGCUCGACGGGACUGGGGUUCAACAUUGUGGGGGGUGAGGAUGGGGAGGGGAUCUUCGUCUCCUUCAUCCUGGCGGGGGGGCCGGCAGACCUCAGUGGGGAGCUGCGGAGGGGAGACCGCAUCCUAUCGGUGAACGGGGUCAAUCUGCGGAACGCCACACACGAGCAGGCGGCCGCCGCAUUGAAGAGGGCGGGGCAGACAGUCACCAUCAUCGCCCAAUACCGGCCAGAAGGUAGGAACCCAGAAUACAGCCGCUUUGAGUCCAAGAUCCACGACCUGCGGGAGCAGAUGAUGAACAGCAGCAUGAGCUCUGGGUCAGGGUCCCUGCGCACCAGCGAGAAGCGAUCCCUCUACGUCAGGGCUCUGUUUGAUUACGACCGGACUCGGGACAGUUGCCUCCCCAGCCAGGGUCUCAGCUUUCUGUACGGAGACAUCCUGCAUGUCAUCAAUGCCUCCGAUGAUGAGUGGUGGCAAGCACGGCUCGUUACUCCACAUGGCGAGAGCGAGCAGAUCGGGGUCAUCCCCAGCAAAAAGAGAGUUGAGAAGAAAGAAAGAGCGAGGUUAAAAACUGUGAAGUUCCACGCCCGGACCGGCAUGAUUGAGUCAAACAGGCAGUCAGUCAAAGCAAAGCGCAAAAAGAGCUUCAACCUUUCGCGCAAGUUCCCAUUUUACAAGAGCAAGGAGAAUAUUGGGCAGGAAAAAGUGGACACGGAACAAUGUGUGACAUCCAACACAAGCGACAGUGAAAGCAGCUCCAAGGGUCAAGAAGACACCAUUCUCUCUUACGAACCUGUUAUGCGACAGGAAAUUCACUACACCAGACCUGUGAUAAUCCUGGGCCCAAUGAAGGACAGAAUAAAUGAUGAUCUGAUUUCAGAGUAUCCCCACAAGUUUGGAUCUUGUGUACCACACACUACCCGGCCCCAGCGUGAGACCGAGCUGGACGGCCAGGACUAUCACUUUGUUGUCUCCAGAGAGCAGAUGGAGAAGGACAUUCAGGAUAAUAAAUUUAUUGAGGCAGGCCAGUUUAAUGAGAACCUGUAUGGGACCAGCAUCCAGUCUGUGAGGGCUGUUGCAGAGAGGGGAAAACACUGUAUCCUGGAUGUGUCUGGGAAUGCCAUAAAGAGGCUGCAACAAGCACAACUUUUUUCAAUUGCCAUUUUCAUCAAGCCAAAAUCCAUCGAAGCCCUUAUGGAAAUGAAUAAAAGACAGACGUACGAACAAGCCAAUAAAGUCUUCGACAAGGCAGUGAAGCUGGAGCAAGAGUUUGGGGAGUAUUUUACAGCCAUUGUACAGGGUGACUCGCUAGAAGAAAUCUACAACAAAAUAAAACUGAUAAUUGAGGAACAAUCUGGUCCCUACAUCUGGAUCCCUUCCUCUGAAAAGCUCUGAGCGUCCCUCCAACCCCCUGCCUUGGAGCGGGGCUUCCCCACCCCGAUCAAGUCUGAUCCCUCCCCUUUUUACAGAUAUGUUGCAUAUCGAGUUUUAUUGUCAUCAUUCUGUUACUCUUUAAAAACAAGUCUUUAUCACCAUUACCGUGACUGUGCGCAUCCCUGCAUGAGUUUUUCUGCAAUUCCAUCGAAGACUGGAAAAUGUCAUUCUAAAUGAAUUUUAGAUCUAUUUUAAAAAAAGAAAAAGGAAAAUAAAUCAAUUCUGGUCUACAGAGGGACAGAAAGGAUCAGCAGAAUGUCCUAAAGCAUUUGAAAAAUGGGAUGUUGAAAAGUUUGCCAAGGGGAAUCGUACAAGUUGAAACGAUUUGUAAAUGUUUAUAAACUUGCAUUAUGGACUUGGAGGGUGAGCAGACAGAAAGAGACCAAUGAGGUUUUUCUAUAAGGACUAGUUAUAAAUAGAACCCCCUGCUGGUACUCUUCUAUUCAAGGGAUCUUUUCCAAUGUUUCUAAUUCAAAUCAGUGAUGAAAAGUACAAACUUUGGCUCACAAUUAUCACAACCAGCUUGCUAUGUGAUUGGCUGCCAGCAGUUUGUGAAGCAGCCAUUCAAGAUUUUUCAUCUCCGGAGGUGGGAAGAAAGGAAUUGUGGGACGCAAAUCUAUACAUUUAUAUAUUGAACAGGAAGAUAAAGAUUAAAAUCCAAUGGAAAGAUAAUUUUACUACAUAUUAAAAAUACGCAUUAUUUUACACAUCAUGAAAA